AUGGCGACCGCACUCCUUCCCUACGGCGCGGCCUACGCUGGCGCCACUCAGGAGCUUCUCGAUGAGGCCAAGAAGGCAGAGGGCGACGCGUACCUGCCCACCGUUUUCAACCCGGCCACUGUCACGCAGCGCGGCGUGCGCACCCUCGCAAAGGGAAGGGUGCCCGCGUCAAAGGACGGCAAGGAGGGAUUCGGAUGCUAUCACGAGGUCCACGGCAGCGGGCCCAUCAAGGUCGUCUUUGUCAUGGGCCUCAACAACAGCUGCUUCGGAUGGCUGCCCCAGGUCGAGCACCUCAGCAAGGACCCGCGGUACUCUUGCCUCGUCAUUGACAACCGCGGCGUCGGCAACAGCGACACGCCUGCUGGCCUGUACAAAACAUCCGAAAUGGCGCUCGACGUGAUCGAGCUGCUGGAACAGCUCGGCUGGGCCAAACCGCGCUCCAUCCACCUCGUCGGCGUCUCGAUGGGCGGCAUGAUCAGCCUCGAGUUCGCACGGACCCGUCCGGACCUCCUCGCCAGCGUCUCGCUGAUCAGCACCACGCCCGGAAAGCGGUACGGCACGCCGUCGUACGGCCUCCGCUCGCUCGUCCGCGUCCUGGGCGGCAGGGUGGUGGGCUUCGACAGCGAGUCGUACCGCCUCAACCGUCUCAUCGAGACCCUCUUCCCCAUCCCCUGGCUCGAGGAAAAGUCCAAGUACGACCAGAACAAGACCAACAGGCAGAUCCUCUUCAAGAUGUUCGCAUGGCGCUUCCAGUUCACGCGACGGCAGACACUGCACGGCGCCGUGGCACAGAUGAAGGCGGCCGUGACGCACAACGUGCCCGACUCGGCGCUGCAGCGCAUCAACACGGCGGUGCCCAAGAUCGUCAUCCUCACCGGCGACACCGACUACCUGGUCGACCCGCGCAACUCGCAGUACCUCGCCGACAAGAUGCCCAACGCCGAGCUCAUCAAGUUCCAGGUGGCCGGCCACGCCCUCGGCAACCAGUUCGACGAGCGCGUCAACACCAUCCUCGAGCGCGUCAUUGGCGAGGGCAGGGAGGCCGUCGAGCGCGAGGGCGUCAAGAGCAACCUCUAG